CUUGGCUGUCGCACCACAGAACGACGUUCCGGAACGGCAGUUUCAACGCUGCGAGGACCUUGACCACCAGCUUGGACAGCAAUCUGCACCCGAGGAGCUCGAGUCGGUGGAUGUCGAGCUGCUUCGCUUCGUCAGAGUUGAACCAAGCAGCGGGUCGCGAGAAAAGGUGCAGAUGCCGUCCCGUACGUAACGGUUGUGAGCUCGAGCACGCGGAUAAAGUCGGCUGGUUCGUUCCGCCAGAAGAUUCGUUGGAAGGGAGUGUCCGCAGGGGCCACCAGGAUCUGGCGGUACAUCUUCGACAAAUCUGCGGUGAAGGCGACCGGGUGCUUGCGGAAUGCGAGCAGAAUCGAGAAAAGGUCGUUUUGGACGGUUCCCCCGAUCUGCAAGGCUUCGUUGAGGGAGACACUCGAAGGGGAGAGUUUUGCCGAAGCGUCGAAGACUACCCUCAGCUUGGUUGUGGAACUCGAGGGGCGAAGGAUGGCAUAGUGCGGCAUGUAGUAACGACCUUGGCCAGGUCCGGGUCCUGGUUGAGCCGCUUCUCCAACGACAGGAAUCGCCGAAGAGCCAGGCUGCGGUUGUCAUCGAGGUUGCCGACGACGGGGCGGAAUGGCAAGCGAACCUCGUACCGGCCGGAACGGUGUCGCCGACAUAACCCGCGACGACCCAGCCCAGCUUGAAGAACAUCGAGACGCCGAGCAACAUGUCGAUCCGGUCCGGUGUGUGGAAGUUCGGGUCGGCCAGCUGGAUGUUCGCAGGGAUCGGCCAGUCGGACGUGCUGAUCGAGGCCGACGGAAUCAUCCCGGUUACCUUGGGGACGAUGAGACACUCCACGUCCACCGUGAAGCUGUUGUAACGGGAUUGGAGCUGGACCGUCAUCGACUCUCGGGCGUAUGUCUUCACUGCACCGAUUCCGCAGAUGGGAACGUUUGCAGCUACUCGACGUGUGUUCAACCGUUUCGCCAAUUGUUCCGUAAUAAAAUUGACCUGCGAUCCGUUGUCGAGCAGCAGUCGGCAUGGCACAGAGCCUGUAAUAUCGUCUUUCGCACAAAAAGUGUAUUUACAAUUGCUUUCCAAAACAAUGGAUGCAGAAGGAUUUACUGCUUAUCAAUUGUUGGCCAUACAUUUCAUACUAUUGACUUCUGAAAUGAAAAAUGAAAGCG